GAACGUCAUCGUUAGACGUCCACAAAGUAUCCCACUCACUUUCACUUAUCCCCGAAUAUGACCCUAGUCUCGGAUGAUCCUAGCUGGUUGCCGACGAUUAAUUUCUUCUAUUUAAGUUCCUAUUUUGUAGUGGCAGCCUCCGUCAUGGUGAUAUACGAUUGGGUACUGACACUUGGACGAGAGGUUGAACUGGUCUGGAGGCAGCGUUUAUCUCUCAUGACCAUUCUAUAUUUCAGUAUGCGUUAUAUUGGAAUAAUAUAUGCUAUCAACAACAUAUUGUGGAACCUUACAACAGUAUCGCAGACAGAUAUAGUGAGCAAUAUUACCAGCUUCACACUAAAUUCAGCAAAUGUAAUCGUGACUGCUAUUUUGGGUGUGAUCAUGAUUGUUCGGUUAUAUGCCAUGUAUCAAGGAUCAAAAAAUAUGCUUAUCUUUCUUAUCGCAAUCUUCCUGACUGCCAACAUCACUUCUGCAGUGGUCGCUGCAGUAGGUUUCAGCGAUACCUCAGGAGAGGAGCUAAUUCUCUCCGGUACCUAUCAGUGCACUCAUAGCUCCACGGGUGACCCAAAUCUGGUACUGGUGAUCUAUAUACUCAACACUGUAUGGGAGGUCCUCGCACUGUGUCUUGCCGUCUGGAUUGCUGUACAACAAUUCCGUGACUUGCGACAAUUCGGAACGUCGACCUUUGGGGACUGUCUCAGAGAGUUGAUCAAAUCUCACGUGUUUUACUUUGCAAGUUUUUUUGCUGCAUCCUGCAUGAACUUCGGUAGUUUUGCUCCAACAAUCGCGGACUCAGAUUCCAUGGGAGUCAUCAUAUAUUAUGGCAUUUCUGUCAUCAUCGCUAUGGUGCAGAUGUUUGUACUUGGUCCACGCCUAAUCCUUGACGUUCGAGAACUCCACGCUAAGCUUGUAGACGACUCUGACGCAGGAACCGACGUAAUUUCGAUUGUUUUCCUGCACCAUGUACACGUGUCGACUGGUAGUUGCGUGUAACACAGGAAUUCUUAUUGGGUGCUAUGCAGGGAGCAGUAGAAAUUUCGUGGAGGUCAGGUACUUAAAGGCUAUAUUCCGAACAUGGUCCGAAGAGAAAAUAAUAGGUCUGAGGUAAUUGAUUUCUUGUUGGGGUCUAUUAGAGUCAGAACGCCGAGUAAGUUAUUUCGGUACGAUGCACCUACGAGUUAUACCAC